UUCAAUAACAGCAUGAAAGAAUCUGAUUGGUGGAGAGAGUUUCCGCUCAGCCAAUCACCGACCAGCUCUUUGCAAAAAUGGACACGUGACGUUUCAGUGUGCAGAACCAGCAGCGUGUUCAAGCAGGGACACCAUGGGAGUGUUAUCCACACUGAUGAGGGGUCUGGUAAGAGGAGCGGACAGGAUGUCCGAGUUCACCAGCAAGCGUGGAUCAAGGACUCAUAAUAAAGGCCGGGGGGCCAGACCGACCGGACUGAGGCUCUCCAGCAGAAAGUUCCUCUCCAUACAGGCCAUGAUUCCUGAGUUCGUGGUGCCGAACUUGGAGGGAUUCAAACUCAGACCUUACGUGUCGUAUCGCACGCCAAGCGGAACGGAGCCCCCCGUGACCGCACAGAGUGUGUUCGCUGAGGUCGUGGCUCCUCAGAUCAAGAAAGACUUUGAAGAAGGCACGUUCAGCCGAGACCAGCUGGAGCGAUACGGCUUUGAGCCCACGCAGGACGGGAAGCUCUUCAAGCUGUAUCCCAAGAACUAUGUGCGGUAAAGACGAUCCAUGUGUUUACAAAGAGGCGCUCCGACUGCUGACUCUGAAAGCUUCACACCGACUCCUGGGACUCUUUAGGAAAAUGAUAUGUGACGAUAUGAUGUGAUUACAAUUCUACAUUUCCUUUAAGUUGUUGACAUCUGUUACUUUGUCAAAAUAAAUGAUCAGUUUAACAAAGUAAAA